AAACCAAAUCAAAGCAAACAUCAUCUUCUUCUUCAAUCGACCGUGGUCAUGGCCUACAACUACCCGGUGAUCGAUCUGGCCCCUUUCGUCACCGGCGGCGAUGCCAAGAAGAAGGAUGAGGUGAUAGAGAAGCUGAGGGAAGCUUGCUCCGACUACGGCUUCUUCGUGGCGGUCAACCACGGCAUCCCGGACCAAAUCAUGGACAAAACCAUGGACGUGACCAUUGAUUUUUUCAAUCUCGAUUUGGAGGAGAAACUCAACAUCACCACUCCGCCGGCAGCUCCUCUCGCCGCCGGCUACACCAAGCAGCCGUCCAAAUCGGAGCACUGGCAGAUGUUCACCCCCGCCCCCACCAACGUUUUCCCGGCCAACCCCCCACACUUCAAGGAGACAAUGGAGGAAAUGUGGUGGAAGUUGGACGAAACGGCGGUUUUGGUCCAGAGCUUGUUGAACGACUGCUUGAAACUCCCGAAAGGGACGUUGGCCAAGUACAACGACAACAGAGGGACCGAUAUUCUGUUUGGAUUCCACUACCUGCCGGCAACGGAGACCGGGAAGACGGCGGUCAACGCCCACAGGGACAACGGUCUCUUUACUUUGGUGUUCGAGAAUGAAGUCGAAGGUCUUGAGUUUCUGAAAGACGGCCAGUGGAUUCCCAUCGAUCCCAUCCCUCAUUCCCUCGUUAUCAACGUCGGCGACGCCUUCCAGGCACUGAGCAACGACAAGAUGAAGAGAAGUGGGUUACAUGGUAGCAGAAGAGAAGUGGGUUGAGCCGAUGCCUGAGUUGAUCGGUCAGACCAACGAGUCACCCAAGUUCAAAAAGUUCAAUAUCAAAGAGCACAUGGCGCUGAAGCAGGUCUUCAAGAACCCUCCUCCCCACUGGAACGACGUCGUCGGCGUUCAUUAUCAUGCCAUCACUCCCUCCGCCGGCGCCACCGCCACUGCCGCGGCCGCCAACUGAUCACUGUUGUUUGAAACCUCGAUUGUUCGAUGUUAACUCUUAAGGCUUUGAUCCAGUUUGUUGGUCGUAUGAAUAAUUGUUC